AUGAAAUUAAUUUUUAAGGGUAUGCUAAUAUUAAAUUUAAUAAGUGCUGGGUUUAGUAAUUUACAUAGAAUUAACAAAUUUAAUAAUCUUGAUUAUUAUGAAACAGGUUUAAGCUACUUAAAUAAUAAUUCAAAUCAUUUAGGUAUAGUUAUACUUGCAGGUGGAGAAGGAUCACGAUUAGGUAUAAAAGGUUCAAAGGGUUUAUUUGAAUUAAACGGUAAAGUAGUAUUUGAGUAUUUACUAGAGAAAAUAAAAGUACUUAAAGAUAGCUCAUCUGCUAAAAUAUCUUUGUUAAUUAUGACAAGUAAUACAGUUGAGAGUGAUACUAGAGGAUUUUUUAAUAGAAAAGAUCUUUCAAAAUAUUGUGAUUAUUUUGAUAUUUUUUUACAGGGACAUUCUACUGCUUUAAAUCUUGAUGGAGAAGAAUUUGUUAGUGAAAAAGGAAAUAAAAAAAUAGCUCCUAAUGGUAAUGGUGAUUUUUUUAACAAAGUAAAAACAAGUAGUCUUUAUGAGAAAAUUGAUCAUUUUUUAGUUAUACCGGUUGAUAAUAUUUUUGUUGAGCUUUUUGAUCCAGUUUUUUAUGGUUGUGCCAUCAAAGAGAAUUAUGACAUUUUUAACAAGGGAAUUGAAGUUGAUAAAGCAGAAAAGGUAGGGUGUUUUAAAUUUGAUGGUAAUAAAGUUACUGUUACUGAGUAUAUUGAUCAUAACGAGGAUAAUUAUAUUGGAAAUAUCUGCUUUCAUUUAUUUACUAAAGAUGCAGUUGAGUUGUUGAGUGAAGCACAAUUAGAUACUCAUUCAGCUACCAAAACAUAUGUUGAAGAUGAUAUUACAUACACAAUUGUUAAGAAAGAAAAAUUUAUUUUUGAUAAUUUCAAUUUAGUAAAUAAAAGUGGUGUUAUGGUUGUUGAUAGAGAAGAAGAAUUUCAUCCAUUAAAAUCUCAAGAUGACGUAGAAAAAAUUUUGUUAUUGAUAAAUCAAAAAAUUAAUUAA